AUGGUUGUGAGUCGACACGCCCAGCCCGACCCGCAGAAGACAUGGAAUCAAUUUCUGAACAUUGUCUCUCUCUCUCAGUUCAUGAACUUACUGACAUUUGGCCUCUGGGGAAAGCUUGGUCGAUUAACCCACUAUGCUGUUGAUGCAGUCCUCAUUUCCACCAUCCUGGCCGGAAUGAGACGCUCAACCGGUUUGACUUUCCAAACCAAGAAGAUCGGAGGCGACAACGAAGAUACCAACAAGUGGAUCGAGAAGUACCUUGGCGUUGGCGAAUGGGUCAUGGAUCAGUCCGUUGCCAUCGCCGGCUCAAGUCCUUGGUUCCAUCGAACUCGAUAA